CAGUCGCUGGCUGUUUGCUCCUACUUCUUUUUAACGCCAAUUACACGUUCCGUUCUCUGCCCAGUGUCCAUCUUUCUCUUUCUUAGAUCCGAAAUGGAAGAGAGCUGUCAAACCCAAAAAAACAGUCCUCCUCGGGACAACAAGGCUGCCCCAACGGGCUUUGCACCCAGAAUAUCGGAAGCAAUGGCUGAGUACUUGGUGAACACUGUGGCCGGCACUGCCAAAAUGGUCCAGGCUUCUGUGGAAGCGCAAAAGUCUGCUCAGCUUGCUUGUUUCCAUGCAGAGCAGUCCCUGGGCCAGGCCAGGCUGAGCUACAUGGCAGCACGGGGGUUGGCUGAGCGACUUUUGGGGUUCCUGAACCCCCCUGACUACCAAGGGCUCUUCCAGCUCCUGACAGAGCCCCCGCUACCCUAUUCCGAAUUCUGCACCAUCAUCCGACGUACAGAAAAUGCACUCCUGCACCCUGUUCUGAAGUGCAAGCCAGGAUUCCCAGCCAGACGAGAACCCAGCCCAUGCUCUGAAUUCACCUGUCCGGAAACAUCAGCAGUGGGCCCUGAGCCCUGCGCAGCUCCUGGGUCCCCCCUUCCAUCCUUCCCUUUUCUCCCACAGCAGGAUGAGGGCUGCACAGAGGAAGAGGAGGGUCUGUCUCUGCAGAUUCGAGGGCGAAACCCCUCACGCCAUAAGCAAGUGGAGACAGUGCUUCUGGAAGAUCAGAUGGGGUAUGUGACCCAGCGCCGGCCCCGACGGUCCCCCUCGGCUGGCGUGGAGGGGCUUUCUCCCCUAGUAUCUGAGCAGGACCUCAGCACCAUCCAGCCCCUGAUCUGCUGCCCGUCCCGCCAGGGUGACAAGUUCCUGAGCAAAGUGUCUCGGCGCAGGGAUCAGCCUCAGCCAGAGAAUUUGGACAGCGACACCGACCAGCCAGAGGCUUCGUCCGAGGACACCUGAUCAACCUGGCUCCAGACCCACUUGUAUU